AUGUGGUCCUGCUCUGCUGCUAUUGAUGUAUGGGGGGAUACACUGAGUCCUAUCAGCAAGUGGCCUACUGGUGCCCAUGAUCUUGUGCAGGUGUGGUUAGACUUGUGCAGCUGCUUUGACCAAAAAACAAUAGAAAGGGUGGUUGUAAUAAUGAGGGGCUUAUGGUACAGAAGGAAUAAAUUUGUUUUUGAGAAGAAGUUUUGGGGGCCAGUUAAGGUUGUACAAACAGCUGUCACGGUUCUUGAAGGUUUUUAUUCUGCAAAUGAAAAAAGAGCUAAUAUGAAUAAGGGGGAGGGUGGGGAAAGAGGAAGAUGCUACUGGAGGUGCCCUACUGAUGUUGCUUUUAAAGUUAAUUUUGAUGGGGCUGUGGACAAGGGUCUCUCGAAUGUGGGAAUGGGUGUGGUGAUUAGAGAUAGACAGGGUGAGGUGGUAGCUGCAAUGAGUAUUUCAAGAAGGGAUGUCCAAAAUCCUUUUUUGGCAGAGGGUAUGGCUCUUUGGAGAGCCAUGGUUUUUUGUAUAGAGACAGGCAUAGUGGAUGUGAUCUUUGAAGGGGAUGCAAAGGAGUUAAUAGAGGCUGUGAUGUCAGAUGAGGAAGUGGAUUCAUGGGGUGGUCAGAUUGUUGAAGAUAUUAAGCAGCUUAGAUAUCAACACAGAAACUGGAAGGUGGUAUUUAGGCAUAGGGAAAGUAAUGAAGUGGCUCACAAUUUGGCAAAAAUGGCUCUUGUGAAUGAUGAGGAGCAGAUCUGGAUGGAAGAAGUACCAAUUUUUAUACAAAAAUAUAUUGUAAAGGACAAGUGUUGUAACAAUUUACAGUAA